UCAGUCAGUCUAUUGUAAUCAUGAAGGGGUGUCUCGUAUUAGUCGCAAUUAUUUUGUCUCAUAAUAUUUACGUAAAUUCAUAUUCCGUGUAUCCUAAGAAAUCAGAAAUAGCUGAUCAUGAAAAUGUAAGAGUAAUAGAUACUGUGAGUGAUGAAAUUAUCAAUGACGAUUUCGUAAGUGAUCAAAAACUAAUAAGAAACCGUAGAAAUGAUUACGACGACGAUGCUGGUUUUAUUCCCAAAAAUGGUAAAAGUGAAGACAACGAUUUCAUAGGAAAUGUACAGAACUGUGCUGUUGGUCGGACAAGAGCCCCUUGGGGCAUCUGUAUCACUUGUGCUGAAUACCAGAAAAUUAACGGCAUGAUCGGCGCUGACUGCUGAAGAAUAUAAUAAUACCAGUUUAAUAAUAAUAAUUAAAAUACAAUAUUCAGAAGCAUAUUCUCCACAUAAUAAUGAGUUUUUUCAAAUAUCUGUUUCUAAUAAUGCAGUAUAAGAAAAAUACUUUUGUGUUCAGAAAUGUUUAGAAGAACGUCCUUUAUAUUGUUUAAAAGAUUUUCAAAUAUAUGGUUUUCUUAUUUAA